GGAAACCGUUGCACCAGCUGGCGUUGCCCUACACCGGUAUUGUAGCGCUAGUUGAAUCUCUGGCCGGCAGACAUAAUGGAUGAAGAACCAGAAAGAGCCAAGCGCUGGGAAGGAGGCUAUGAGAGGACAUGGGAGGUGCUGAAGGAAGACGAGUCUGGCUCACUCAAAGCCACAGUGGAAGAGAUCCUGUUCCAGUCCAAAAGGAAAAGGGUGAUAGAGAGCCAUGGACAAGUGAGGCUUGGAAUGAUGCGUCACCUCUAUGUGGUGAUUGACUGUUCAAGGAGUAUGGAGGACCAGGACUUGAAACCAAACCGCCUCACCUCUACGCUAAAGCUGAUGGAGGCUUUUGUCGAUGAAUAUUUUGACCAGAACCCCAUCAGUCAGGUGGGCAUCAUCACCACGAAGAAUAAAAGGGCUGAGAAGCUGACUGACCUGGCAGGAAAUCCAAAGAAGCACGUUGCUGCUCUGAAGAAAGCAGUGGACACGGUGUGUGUGGGAGAGCCGUCCCUGUACAACUCUCUCAACCUGGCCAUUCAGACCCUCAAGAACAUGCCUGGACAUACGAGCCGAGAGAUCUUGAUAAUCCUCAGCAGCCUGACCACAUGUGACCCAGCCAACAUAUAUGAGCUGAUCAAGACCCUGAAGUCUCUGAAGGUGCGGGUGUCGGUAAUCGGCCUGUCGGCGGAGGUCCGGGUGUGUACGGUGUUGACCAGGGAGACGGGCGGCUCGUACCACGUCAUCCUCGACGAGAGUCACUUCAAAGAGCUGCUGAUGCUGCACGUCAAACCUCCUCCAGCCAGUUCCUCAUCUGAAUGCUCUCUAAUACGCAUGGGUUUUCCUCAGCACACCAUCGCCUCACUUACUGACCAGGAUUCCAAGCCUUCGUUCAGCAUGUCUCAUCUGGACAGCAGCAGUGGUCCAGGUCUGUCGCUGGGAGGGUACUUCUGUCCACAGUGCCACGCCAAGUACACAGAGCUGCCUGUGGAGUGUAAAGUCUGUGGAUUGACUCUGGUGUUGGCCCCCCAUCUCGCGAGAUCCUUUCACCACCUCUUCCCCCUGCAAGCCUUUAUAGAGAGUCCUGUGGAGGAGCUUCAAGUAGACAGGUUCUGUCAAGCUUGUCAAGGGGAGCUGAAAGAUAAAAGUAUAUUCACCUGUCCGUCAUGUCGCAGUGUGUUCUGUGUGGAGUGUGAUCUCUUCAUCCAUGACUCGCUGCACUGCUGCCCCUGCUGCAUUCACAAUCAGAGCGCCUCCUGCAGCUGAGGGGCCAACCAAUAGGAGCUCAUCACCACAGCUCCUGCCUGCUCUGAGAACUGCAUCUGAGUCGCUGCGCUGCUUUCCUCUUGUUAAACAGUGCACUGCUUUGGAUUUUGUCACUCACAAGUGGCUUGUGUUUAUUGUUUAUACAGUUUUGUACUACAGCUUUGUUUGUGACAUGGCAGUCACAA